CGCGUCAUUGGAGGAGCCGCGGGCGCGCCGGUCGCCCAUUGGCCCGGCGGUCGCGUCAAUCCAAGUCGGGCGGAGGAAGGCCGGUUGAGGCUGGUGGCGGCCCUUGAAGAGAAAGUUUGAGGAAAGAUCGAGAAUUGGCGUAGGGGAGCACAGCAAUGGCAGCCAUCCGUAAGAAACUGGUGAUCGUAGGGGAUGGAGCCUGUGGCAAGACCUGCCUCCUGAUCGUCUUCAGCAAGGACCAGUUCCCAGAGGUGUAUGUGCCCACCGUCUUCGAGAACUACGUGGCGGACAUUGAGGUGGACGGGAAGCAGGUGGAAUUGGCCCUCUGGGACACAGCUGGCCAGGAAGACUACGACCGCUUGCGGCCUCUCUCCUACCCUGACACAGACGUGAUUUUGAUGUGCUUUUCCAUUGACAGCCCUGACAGUUUAGAGAACAUUCCGGAGAAGUGGACCCCGGAGGUGAAGCACUUCUGCCCCAACAUCCCCAUCAUCCUGGUGGGGAACAAGAAGGACCUGCGGGGGGACGAGCACACACGGAGGGAGCUGGCCAAGAUGAAGCAGGAGCCCGUGAAGCCAGACGAAGCGAAGGACAUAGGGAGCCGGAUCAACGCCUUUGGCUACCUGGAGUGUUCUGCCAAGACGAAAGAGGGGGUGCGCGAGGUCUUCGAGCUGGCCACACGCGCAGCCCUGCAAGCCAAGAAGACCAAAAGCAGGAGCCCGUGCCUGUUGCUGUGAAGUUGCUGCAGCACUGAGAGGGAUCUACCAGCAUCCUGAACCCCCCCGCCCGUACCCACCGUCUUUCUGUGUCUCUUCCUUCUUUCUCUCUCUCUCUCUGUACUCACCAUCUUUCACUCUCGCUCUCUCUCCCUUCCCUCUUUCUCUCGUCUUUUUCUCUCCCCCUCCUUUUAUCUCAUCUCCUUCCUUGCCUUCCUCUUCAUCUUGUAUCUCUUCCUGUUCUUCCUCCCCCUUCACUCCCUUCCCACCCACCACCGGCAUUCUCCUAUCUUUCACCCCCCAUUCCCCACCAUCUUUCACCAGAUUUUAAUCAUCUACACUUGUGUCCUGCCUCCCACCGAAUUAGUGAAGGAAUUUUCUUUUUAAAUGUUCCUUUCAUUUGAGUCGCUUGGUUUU